AUGGAAAGGAGAAGAUAUGGAAGACGGUUUGAUCGAAAAGAAAGAGAAACAACAAGAGACGGCGAGUUACCACCCCGUAUGGACAAAGCUGAUAAACCAGUUGCUAAGGUUGAUGGAUUUCAAGUCAAAGUGAUGAACUUAUCACCGACUAUGACAUCAGAGGACUUACAGAAACUCUGCGAACAUUGGCAGUUAACUGUCAUCUCGAGCAAACUUCUUUCUGCUCCAGACCUUACAAAAACGGCUUUGAUCACUUUGAAGGAUGACGAAGAGAAGAUUAAACAGGUCAUUGAAUCAUCUAAGGAAGUGGAGUUUGAUGGAAGACUAUUGUCCAUCUCAAUUGUACCAAAGAAGGUUCACAACGUCCAAGAACGACGUAAAAUGCACAAAAAUACGAACAAAAGCCCACUUGAUUCAUACAAAAACAGAAUUGUUAACCAAGUGAUGCGAGAGGUCGCGUCAAGAGAACGCUAUUUGGAGAGACGUAUAUUGGGGAGAAGUGGCUUGAAGCGAUUUGUCAAUAAAGAAGCUACGAGAACAAAUACCAAGAAAGUGGGCGGCCGUAAGCCAAGAUUGCCAUUCGAGACUCGACUCAAACAAAUGGAUUCAGAUCUGACUAAAUAUAUGGGCUCGGACUGA